AUGCAAGGGUUGAGAAUUGCACAAGGAGACUUUGUAGUUGAGCAAAAUGGGAAGAUCACAGAUAACUACACAUUAGGAAGUCUCCUAGGAAGAGGAGAUUAUUCGAGUGUAAGAUUGUGCACUCAUAAAGCAACAGGUCUAAAAAGAGCUGUAAAAAUCCUUCCUAGGAGUAGAAUGGCAAAUGAAGAAAUUUCUGCUUGCUUAAAUGAAGUCUCUAUCUUGCGAGCCCUUGAUCAUCCAAAUAUAAUCAGAAUCUAUGAGUGCUACCAAGGUGACAAGAAUUAUAAUCUAAUCACAGAACUUUGCACAGGUGGAGAACUAUAUGAAAAGAUUAUAAGCUCUAGUCAUUUUUCUGAAGCAGUUGCUGCAGGCUAUAUGAUACAACUGCUAUCUGCACUGGCGCAUUGUCAUGAAAGAGGUGUUGUUCAUAGGCAGCUUAGACCUGAAAAAUUGCUUUUAGACACUUCAGAUCAGGAUGCGUUUUUAAAGCUGGUCGGUUUUGAGUCAGCAAGAUUUUUAAAUCAUGGUGACACAUUAUUUGAAGGAGUUGCGAAGUCUUACUACAUUGCUCCAGAAGUUAUAAAUAGAAACUAUAAUGAAAAAAGCGAUUUAUGGAGCGCUGGAGUGAUCCUUUAUAUACUUUUAACAGGCAGUCCUCCGUUUAGAGAAAGUAGCAGAGGUAGCGAAACGUAUGAGCAGAAAAUCUUAAAAGGAGAAUACACUUUUCCAUCCCCAGACUGGGACUCUAUUAGUGCUGAAGCUAAAGACUUAAUCACCAAGUUGCUUACGGUUGAAGUAGAUAAAAGACUUUCAGCGAGAGAAGCAUUGGAGCAUCCUUGGUUUUCUAAUGCAAACAGAGAGCCAAUAAAUUCAGAAGUGGCAAGAUCGAUCUUUUCCAAUCUCCAAAGUUUUAGAGCUGAAAGAUUGCUUGAAAAAGCAGCAUAUACCUUUAUUGCUUCUCAACUUUCAACCAAAAGAGAAAAAGAAGAAAUGAUUGAAGUUUUUAAAUCGCUGGAUAGUGAUAAUAGUGGAACUUUGUCAAGAAGUGAGCUUAUUGAAGGCUACCAAAGACUAUUUGGAGAUACAACAGAAGAUGUAGAAGCUGAGGUGGAUAGAAUUAUGCAGCAAGUAGAUACUAAUCAAUCUGGAGAAAUUGAUUAUUCAGAGUUUAUAGCCGCAACAAUUCAAAAAAGCCAACUCUUAUCAAGAGAAAGACUUGAAGCUGCUUUUAAAGCUUUUGAUUUAGAUGGGAAUGGAACUAUUUCAGCUGACGAGUUAAAAACAAUUUUAGGGAAAAAUCAGGAUUGCAAUGAUUCUGUGUGGCAAAGCAUCAUUAGUGAAGUUGAUCAGAACGGCGAUGGAGUCAUUGAUUUCGGAGAGUUCACAGAAAUGAUGCUUAAGCAUACUAACUAA